CCCGCCCCUGGGUGGCCUCGCUGCUAGGGCGCGGUCGUGGGGAGCGAGGUUCCGUCUCUUGCCUGCGUUCCUUGUGGGCUCCUUUUCCCUUUCCCUUUGUCCACCGGCGCGUGAGUCCCAUUCUGCAACGGCUGGCACAGCGGCCGAGCACGAUGAGGCGGGCAGCACUGCGGCUUUGCGCCUUGAGCAAGGGGCUGCCGACUCCUGCCAGAACACUGACUCAAGGGUCCCAGGAGCCGCAGACGCCGGGGAUCUUCCACAUACGUGAAGUACGAGAUAAGUUGCGGGAGAUAGUGGGAAUAUCCACAAACUGGAGAGACCAUGUGAAAGCAAUGGAGGAACGAAAGCUCCUUCACAGCUCUUUGCCGGGCUCACAGAAGAGCUUGUCACCUAGGAGAAUGAAGGACAGUUACAUUGAAGUUCUCUUGCCUUUGGGCAGUGAGCCUGGGUUACGAGAGAAAUACUUGACUGUUCAAAACACCGUAAGAUUUGGCAGGAUUCUUGAGGAUCUUGACAGCUUAGGAGUUCUUAUUUGCUACAUGCACACGAGAAUUCCUUCAGCUAAGAUGUCUCCUUUAUCGAUAGUUACAGCCCUGGUGGACAAGAUUGAUAUGCGCAAGAAGAGCUUAAGCCCAGAACAGGACAUCAAAUUCAGUGGCCAUGUUAGCUGGGUAGGGAAGACAUCAAUGGAAGUCAAGAUGCAAAUGUUCCAGUCGCACGGUGGUGAAUUUUCUCCUGUUUUGGGUGCAACAUUUGUGAUGGUGGCUCGUGAUUCUGAAAAUAAAGGACCAGCGUUUGUAAAUCCACUCAUUCCUGAAAACCCAGAGGAAGAAGAACUCUUUAAACAAGGAGAAUUGAACAAGGGCAGAAGGGUCGCCUUCAGCUCCACUUCAUUGCUGAAAGUGGCUCCCAGUGCCGAGGAGAGGACUACCAUCCACGACAUGUUUCUUAACACGCUGGAUCCCAAGACAAUCAGUUUUCAGAGUCGUGUUUUGCCCCCUAAUGCAGUAUGGAUGGAGAAUUCAAAACUGAAAAGCUUGGAGAUUUGCCACCCUCAGGAGCGGAACAUUUUCAAUCGGAUUUUUGGUGGUUUCCUUAUGAGAAAAGCAUAUGAACUUGCUUGGGCUACUGCUUGCAGUUUUGGUGGUUCCCGACCGUUUAUCGUAGCAGUGGAUGACAUCAUGUUCCAGAAGCCAGUUGAAAUUGGCUCGCUGCUCUUUCUUUCUUCACAGGUGUGCUUUACUCAAAACAACUACAUUCAAGUGAGAGUCCACAGCGAAGUGUCCUCUCUUCAAAACAAAGAGCACAUGACCACCAAUGUCUUUCAUUUCACGUUCAUGUCGGAAAAAGAAGUGCCCUUGGUUUUCCCCAAAACAUAUGGAGAAUCCAUGUUGUAUUUAGAUGGACAGCGCCAUUUCAAUUCCAUGAGUGUUCCAGUGACCUUGAGAAAAGACGACCUUGUGAAGCCGUAGGAGAACCUCACUGGAAACCAGCACUCCACCUUCAGUGACAUAAAGGCAGAGCAAUGCCUGCUCAAGUGUAUUGUUUUUGGUGCUCCUUCUAAUCCUCCAUAGAGGAGGAGAAUGUAUUCAGCUUUUAAGGUGAUCAUAAAAAAAAACAGAAUGAAAGAGUGGAUGGGACUGAGGGAAGAAGGAGUUUUUAACCAAUAAAUACCUUCAAAAAAGUU